AUGAAGAGAUCAAUUAAUAAUUUUGGUCCUAAAUGGAAGAAGCUCAAACAAGAGUCUGGUAAAUUGGUUCCUGGAUCAAAAGGCAUUUUGAUCUCAUGUUCUAUUACUGGAAAACAUAAAGAUGCUAUGCAAGAAAUUUUAUAUAUUCUCAGACAGCAUUCGGAGAGAUUCCAUCCCGACGCUUCGAUCUGUUCAAGAAAUGUUGAUCAUGUAGAUAAGGAAAUGUUAUUGAAAUCUGAACUGGAGAAUCUAAACCAAGAAUUCAAUAGAUUUGUUCCAGGACCUUGUAUUUCAAAAGGAUUAGAUUACGUUUAUUUUAAGAAAAUAGAGGACACUCCUUCCAAAUAUGUUAGUGAAAUAUUCAAAGAAAUUAAAAAUAACAAAAGUUAUUCAGCCAGAUUUUUAUCAAGAAUUGUUCCUGUGGAUUAUAUUUGUGAAGCGAAGGAAGAAGAUUUAAGAUGUACCCUCAAGUCUUUGAUUUCAAAAGAGUUUCCACUUAGUUUAGCAAAUUCUUGUAAAGUAACUAAAUUAAAAGAACCUUCUACAGAUGAAGAUAAAAUAAAUAAUGAAUCAGAAGAUAAAGAAAAUUAUAAUAGUAGAAAAGAGGAUGAAGAAUCAGAUAAAAUGGAAUCCAUGGUAACCUGGGCGUUGGAAUUUAAACGAACAAAUUCAAACGCUCUUGGAAGGGAACAAGUUUUGGAUAUAGUUAAUGAACUGAUGGGGAAAGAAUAUAAAGUAGAUCUUAAAAAGCCGGAAAAAUUAAUAAUUGUAUAUGUGAUAAAGAAUAAUGGGCUGGAGAUUCCAGAAGAUGGUGAAUGGGUAAUUUGUGGAGAUUCUGGUGAGGAUAGUAAAUGGUAUACUCAUGAAUCUCAAAAAUGGAUGUACAAUUCAGAAGAACAUGUAUAUUUCCAUAUUGAAUCACAAACAAUAAUACCAGAUUUAAAAUAUUUCGAGACUAAAAAUGAAGAAAAUUAUCCAGACCAUGAUUAUCUUUAUGAAGAUGUACAAUAUGUAGAUGAAAAUGUAGAAUAUCCAGAUGAAGUUGGGGAUUCUAAUCAAUUAGAAAGUGAUCUAGAAAAUGAUUCAGAAGAUUUUUCAAUGGAUUUUAAUAAAGAUCUUAUCGCGGGAACUGAAUCGAGAAAGGGAAAUCUUGAAACCAAGAUUGAGAAUGAAGAUCGGUUCAUAACAAGAGAAUGUAUGUCAAUUCAAUAUCUAACAGAUUCCAAAGCUUUGUGCUAUUUUUCAGGAGUAUUUGACGGUCACUACGGCCCAAAAUGCUCAGACUAUAUUGUAAAACAUUUGAAGAACAAUAUUUUAACUGUUUUUUUACAGAAUAUACAGUGCAGCUCCAGUUUUAAGAAGAGAAAGUUAUUUUCUACAGGGAAUGCAAAUUUUUCAAUAAACGAAUUCCCCUCAAAUACUAAUAACGAAACUCUGGAUGAAGAGGACCAGGAAGAUGCUAUAGAAGAUAACUCUAGUACAAAUAAAGGGUCAAAUGAGUUGAGUGAUGAAGUGAACGUGUUUCUAUACUCUAUUUCUAAAGGAGUACAAAUGGUGGAUAAUAAUUUUUGUUCCUAUGCCCGAAAAGAGUUCAUUUUAGACGGUAGUACCUUGAAUUUGGCAUUCUUCUAUGGACCAGAUUCAUUCGGUUCGUUGAAAUUGAUUUUAGCAAAUUUGGGUGACUCGAGGUCAAUUUUAUGUGUAAAAGAGGGCGAUAAGUACGUGGCCAAGGAUCUAACAAGGGAACAUAAACCAGAUGAUAAAUUGGAAAAGGAACGAAUUUUGAAAAAUAAAGGAUUUGUAGAACAUGUACAAGGUUGUUGGAGAGCUGUUUUACGUAAAGGAAAUCGAAUUGUUUGUGCAAUUUCUACCUCUAGAGCCAUAGGAGAUUUCAUCUUGAAAUCACCAAACAAUAUCAUCAGUUCUCAAGUUGACCUCUACGUCCAUGACGUCGAUUUCGAUAAUUUCAUUUUCCUAGUACAGUGUACUGAUGGUAUAACCGAUGUUCUAACUUCACAGGAAAUUGUUGAUUUUGUUAUGAAUUGUAUAAAUUCGGGAUAUGAUCCCAAGAAGGCAGCUAAAAUAUUGGUUGACAAGGCCGAAUCCUUAGGAUCAAUGGACGAUAAAACCUGUAAUAUUAUCUAUUUCGGAUGGCAAAAGGAAGUAUUUUCAAAGUUAAACUCUGAUGAGGAAGAAAAUGAAGUAAAAUCACAAGAAUUAAAACAAGAAGAAGAAGAUAUUUUUUAA